CCCUCCCGCCUCCCAGGCCGGGAGAGCCACGGGCUCCCGGCGGCGAGUUGGACGCGGCGGCUCCUUCCGCGCGAGCGCCGCGGCUCACCUGGGCGCCCGCUCCCGUCCCCGCGCGGCGGCCCCCCAACUCCUCCCAGAGCAGCCGGUGUCCGGGGGCGCCGCGGCCGGGCCCCGCGCCGGGGGUCGUUCCCUCGCCUCCUCCGGGUGGCGGGAAGGAAGCGGCGGCGGCAGCCAGAGCCGGGGCGGGCGGCCGGAGGUGCGAGCCCGGCCGGCCCGCGGGGAACAUGGCGACCGGCGGCUACCGGGCCGGCGGCGGCGGCGGCAGCAGCAGCAGCAGCACCACCGACUUCCUGGAGGAGUGGAAGGCGAAGCGCGAGAAGAUGCGCGCCAAGCAGAACCCCCCGGGCCCGGCCGCCCCCGGCGGGGGCACGGGUGACGCGGCCGGGAAGCUCCCCCCGGGCGCCCUGGGCAGCACCUCGGCCGCCGCGGCGGCCAACGAGCUCAACAACAACCUCCCGGGCGGCGCCGCAGCACCUGCCGCCCCCGGGGGCGUGAACUGCGCGGGGGGGCCGGCGCCGCUGGCCCGCGCCACCCCCGGCCCGCGGCGGCCUGAGGAUGAGGCUCCCGCCGCCGCCGGGGGCGCCGCCGCCGCCGCUUCGGGCGCUGCUCCCUCCCGGGGCGCAGAGGAGGAACGGGACGGCGCCCCGGAGAAGGGCAAGAGCUCGGGCCCCAGUGCCCGGAAAGGCAAGGGGCAGAUCGAGAAGAGGAAGCUGCGGGAGAAGCGGCGCUCCACCGGCGUGGUCAACAUCCCCGCCGCAGAGUGCUUAGAUGAAUAUGAAGAUGAUGAAGCUGGGCAGAAAGAGAGAAAACGAGAAGAUGCAAUUACACAACAGAACACGAUGCAAAAUGAGGCUGUUAGCUUACUAGAUCCAGGAAGUUCCUACCUGCUGCAAGAACCAUCUAGGACAGUUUCAGGCAGAUACAAAAGCACAACCACUGCCUCUGAAGAAGACGCCUCAAGCAGAUAUUCCCGAGCAGAUAGAAGCGGGUUCAGCAGGUAUAACAGGGAUGCAAACGCUUCAGGUAAUUUGGUCUCAAGUAGCACAUUGGAAAAGAAAAUUGAAGAUCUUGAAAAGGAAGUUGUAAGAGAAAGACAAGAAAAUCUAAGACUUGUGAGACUAAUGCAAGAUAAGGAGGAAAUGAUCGGAAAACUUAAAGAGGAAAUUGAUUUGUUAAAUAGAGACCUAGAUGACAUAGAAGAUGAAAACGAACAACUUAAGCAGGAGAAUAAAACUCUUUUGAAAGUCGUUGGGCAGCUAACAAGGUAGAAGAUUCAAGGCUCAGUGUGGGAAAAAAUGUUUAAAACUACUGAUUGAAUGUUAUGGUUAAUGCUAGGACAAUAUUCCUAUGCUGUAAUGCAGUAAACUAAGUAUGUAUAUUUAUUUCUAGAAAACAGUGGAUGUUUAUUUUCAAACUGUUUCUUUUUCAUUAUCAGUUUUAAAAAAUAUCAACCUUGUAUUUCAUGGAUAAGUAACAUCUUUUAGUUGUUAAACUGGUAGGUUAUGCCUCUUUUGGUUUUGUGUGGUAUUCAGACAAUAUACGGUUUAAAGUCACAACCAUCGGAACAUAUUUCACCUAUGGUAGUGCAUUUUCCUCCCCUAAAAAUACACAUAGUCUUUGUUUACAUGAAUUCAAAUACUUUGGGAGGGUUACCUGCAAAUGCCGUAUCACUAAUGUGUGAAACCUUUUAUAUGUUGAUUUACUCAUAAACGACUUUGUCUCCUGUCAUUUGUUCCUUCAACUUACUCUAAGCAAUUUAGAGGAACACAGAAUCACACUAUUUUGUAUAACAGUCAUCUUUAAAAAGGAAAGGUAUUAUAAAAAAGUCACUUAAUAUCAUGUACUAGUUGGCUAAAUAUACGAUUUAAGAUAAUACUUGAAUUGUGCUAUAUAGUAAAUUAAAAUAUACUAUUUUGUAUUCAAAUAUUGAAAAAAUUUAAAAUCACUUUGACUUCUGAAAAACAUACAAUUGUAAUUUUUAUGUAAAAUUUCUUAUGUAGGUACUACCUUUUUUUAAUUAUACCAAGGUUUACUAGUGAACAUGGGGUAUUUUAAAAGUUGUUUAUUCAUCAAGCCUAGAGCAUGUGUACAGCAGUUUCAAUGUAUAAGAAAAAAAAUCCAUAUUUUAAUUACCGUAUGCAUUAAAAUAAAAACCAAAACAUUUAUCCAUACUUAAAACGUUUAUAUAGUAGCAAAACAGUACAUAAACAGAAAUAACACUGAGACACUUAAUUUCGAACUUGGAGAAUAAAACUGUGACACAGUUAUUCUCAUGAGAGAAUUAUUCCCCUACCUCAAAUUUAAGGGUUUUCCUUCCUAGCAUUGGAUUUUUAAAGACAAUUGUUUUUGAAUAAUUACACAAAUUCUCUUCUAUUAAAUAUCAAUAGUGUUUAUACUUGUUUUAAUUAUAUUUUCAUGUUGAGUAAGGAGACCUUUUUCUUUAAAAUACUCUAAGGAAUGCCUGCCUGGUAGUUGAGUCUCAAGCAGUAUACUGGUACCCUUUUAUCCAAUUAAUGUAUGUAAAUGACACAAACAUCGUAAAAUCCAUUUGGGGUGCACUACUGACUCUUUCUUUUAAGAGUUAAGCCCCUUCAUUAUUCACUGUUAGAAAAAUAAGGAAAGGUGAGAUAGUUGGAAAAAUGCCAAGUAAAUGAUAACCAUCAGAUGUUGAAUUCUCAAACUCUCUGCAGUAACCUAUUGCCCACCCCUUCCCCAGAAACCCCGCCACCCUUCAAAGUUUCACCCUUGACUGAUCAUCAGAAUCACUUGGGUUGCUUAAAAAGAAUUCCCGGGUUAUAGCUUCUAGAUGGGCUUAGGUUGAUAUCUAUCUAGGCAUCAGCAUCUGAUGAUUUUGAUCAUAACUUAGAUUUGGAAACAGCUACCCUUGCCUCUUUUUUUCUGUAUCUUCCAUUGGAAACCCUGAAAUUAACAUUUUAGCUAUGGGCAUUUUUCAGCAUUGAGUUUAUUUACUUAACUAACUGGUCCCUGGAGAAGUUCACAUGUGUCGUAUAUAUUUACCGCAAAGUCGAGUGGUAGAUUACCAGACUUGGUACCGUUGUAGAGUUACUGCAUGAAGACAUCCUUCUUGGAGAACAUCCCCAGUGAUCAGCUGCUUGCGUAUUAAAGUCACCUCCUUUGGCUGCGAGGCCCUCAUCCUUACCCUUAGGUGUAUGGCAGAAAUAUGUAGUUUCCCAGCCACACUUUGCCUGUUGUGCAGAUGAUGUCAACAUCCAGCCUUAAAAUAUGUCAGAGCACUGGUUUUUCAAUCAGAGAGGCUAUUUUGAAUUUUCUGUUUAACCCAAAUGUAAGUAAAAAGAGUAUUUCAUUUCCCUCUUUAAAACUGUACCAGCAAUUAAUGCUUUUAGAGACUGAGCUAUUUUGCAGUUUUUCUUUUAUUUCAGUUUAAUAGGAACAUUUCUGACAGUCGUCUUUGGUAAUAACGGUACCUAGUGAAAGUACGGGAGCCUGACAACUCAGGCAGAGCACUUCCUGUGCCGUCCUCCCUCCCGUCCUUAAAAUGUGUAUUUACACACACAUAGGUUUGCACACUGAAUAUUGAAGAAUAAAGUAGAAUCUGCUAUAAUUUCCCUUUAAAACGUAUGAAAAGCAUUGAGAUUUUUAAAAAGAUUGUACUACCUUAAAAAAGACUUGGCAAUUGUCAAUAAAGUGCUAGUAUUUGUAAGAUUAUUAGGCCCAUUGAGAAAUACUAUUUCUUAUAUCUCCUGGGAAUUUGUGGCAUAAUAAAGCAUAUCCAAAGUUCUAAAGUGUUCAUUAUAUUAUUUUCAAAACAAUAAGUCUGUUGCCUUUAAAACGACCACGACUUGCUUCCUUGAUUUCUGCCGUGCGUGAGGUGAUCUUUCUUUCAUUUUUCUAGAAUUGUUAUUACUUUCACUGCACUACAGUUGCCUUUAGAGAGGAAGAGGAAGGCUUGAAGGUGUGUAUUUCUAAGGGAAUUCGCUAAAUAUAAUAGAUUAAUGUUGUCAUACAUGCUCAAGGAGUUUAAAACAAAAAAUUAACUAUCAGGGGUAGAUACAUGGAGAAAUGUAUCUUUUUAAGUAACCUUUUAAUUGCAGUAGGAAGCAAUGUCUUCUUAAGGUGAAAAACCUACCUCACUUCCAUGUGGUUCAUGUUUUCUGGAUUAAUCUGGAUUUUUAGAAUUAGAAAUUAAAACGCAAGUUUUUGAGUCCACUAAUACUUUGUGGGAAGUCAUGCGAGUCAGUGUAAUAACACGUCCCCAUGUUCAACACGGGAAAGCACAACUGGGAAGGACCUCGGGCUUGGUGGUGAGUCUGAUGCCCUGGACGAUACUCGUAUGUACGGGGACAGUCGCCUUUCGUCUUCUCGGCAGUGCUCUCAUCUUGACGCAGUGCUUGUUGGCUCGAGCAGUGUCCACACUUGUUUAAUAACUGUCCAUGACGACGUUGAGGACCUGUUACAAGAUUCGGGCUGUAUUUUCAUCACGUGGUACGAAACACCAAACACACCAGGUGUGCCCUGGGGCGGAUGUAUUCAGAAGGAGCUAGCAUUCAGGAGUCAGAACUUUGGUAAAUGUUCUGUUGCUGUGUCCGAACCGUUGCUGGUGUGUAACAGUAACCUUGACGUCUUGGAACGCUCCUCUCAUAAACAAAGGCCCUCCCACUGGUGAGGGUUACAGCUUGUGCUCCUUACUCCUUAUGUGCGAACCAGUGACACUUUCUUGUUUCAGUGUACUGAAAACACAGUGCUCAUAGGAAGUGUUCUGCUCGUCAGGUCCAUCAGCAAAGGCACUUCCCUCCCCUGCUGUUAGGUUUUCUCCUCAGCCUCUGGUUGAUUCAUCCCCAAUGGAAAGACUUCACCCACUGCCUGGCAAAACCCUGAGCCUUUAUGGGUUUUUUAUUUUACUUAGCUGAAAUCUCACAGCAUGUUAGUCAUAAGCCCCACUCCACCCCAAAUACUUACAUGUGAGUGUGUGAGAAAUACGUUUGAGGGGGUGAUGUUAAGUUCUCAUGCUUACUUAGUCUUUCAGCAAGUAUUUAUUAGUAAACUCUCUACGGUUGUAGAUAAUACAGAAAUGUUUGAAGAACAGACAUGGGCCAGCACUUCCGUCUGGCAUUGCAGUCUGUACAGGGUGUGUCAGUGCUGUCUUAAGAGUGCUCUCUCAAGUAGCAUUAGCUGAUCUAAUCUCAACAGUUCAUUCACAAGUAUUCGUUUUGUAUUAAUUAUCCAGCCAUUGUAGUUUCGGUUUGGUUAAGAGGUACUGUUUAAUUUGCGGCGGCAUUUAACUGAAUGAUGGGUGAAAGGCCUGAUGCGUAUUGGGGACUCUCUUCCCAUGUUUCUCUUAGAUAAUAUGUAUUAUAAAAACAUUUUUAAGGCCUUGGUAGCAAUCCUGAAGUAAAAAGAAUUGAAUGUGUGUCAGUUACACCAACCUGUGGGUGGUAUUCAAAUGUGAUUUUCUGUUAGCUUUUCUGUAUGUAUUAUUGAUGACUGGUUUGUUUUAGGUAUUUAAGGCUAAUAAACCGUUCGCAUGCUGGCAGUCGCUUUGUUAGUAAUAGAAUGUUAGUGGUGCUCACUUGAGGGACAUUUAUUACGUGCCUGUUUUCUUUUGUUUCCCCCUCUGGAUACAUAAUAGAUGUGUAUUACCUUUUUUUGGUGAACUUGUCUCUUGAAAGAUUUGACUCUGCUCUUCAGGGUUUUAUUAUUAUGCUUUUCUACUAAAUUUAAAUACCAGAUGGCUACUGCUACCACAUGAAAGCUAAAAUUUACCGUUUUGUUGAAAAAAUGAGCUAAUUCAGGUAAUCCAAAUAUUUGUAGAGAAACAUCUGGAUAAUUUAUUGAUCACAUUAGUAUUGUGUAGACAGCGUUCUUAGUUCCCACUGCAUAGUUUUUCUCUGGGGUAGUCACUGUGACAUAGAUUCACUUUUAAUGUGCUCUGCAUGUAAAAUAAUAAAUACUCAAUAAAAAAGUAAAUUUUCAUUUAA